UAUUUUCCAAUGCUACUGUUGUGUGUGUUUCCUGUGGUUGGCCACGCGUGUGUCGCUCACUGGUGUUUUCACUUCAUAUUUUGGUCCAAUUUAUUCAUUUCUUUUGGUUUUUUGUUAUUGUUUCGAAGAUCUAAUACCCGAAAAAAUGGGUAAAAUUAUGAAACCUGGUAAAGUGGUUCUUUUACUAGCUGGUAAAUAUGCUGGCCGUAAAGCCGUUAUUUUGAAAAAUCAAGAUGAGGGCACCAAUGCCAAAAGUUAUGGUCAUGCUUUGGUUGCUGGAAUUGAUAGAUAUCCACGACCUGUUACCCGAAGAAUGGGCAAAAAGAAACGUGCCAAGAGAAGCCGUAUUAAGCCAUUCCUUAAAGUGGUCAACUAUAAUCACAUGAUGCCAACACGAUACAUUGUCGAAAUGGCUUUGGAAAAGGUCGAUGCAAAAGAAAUUGUCAAAGAUCAAGCUGCACGAAGGAAAGCUCGUCAAGAGGUCCGUAGUAAAAUGGAAGAACGUUACAAGUCGGGCAAAAAUAAAUGGUUUUUCACUAAACUUCGUUUCUAAAUUCAAAAACAAGUUUUCGGGAUUACAAAAAUAAAUUUUUUAUUAUUAAUAA